CCGCCCCGUGGGCACUCCCGCUGCCGCCGCCGACACCGCCGCCCGCAGGCCCCACUCCCGGGACGUUUCCUGCGCGGCGCCGGGCGCACCAUGGCUCGCCGGGCCUCCCUCGCGCUGCUGCUGGCCGGCCUGCUCAGCACCCUGGUGCCCGCCCGGGGUCAAGAUUUCGAUUUGUCAGAUGCCCUUGGUGACAACGACAAGAAGCCCACGGCACCGCCCAAGAGACCCAGCGCUGACGAUGAUGGGUUCAGUCUAGAAGAUGCCCUCGGCGGGGGAGGAAACAACGACCCAGUACCACCCAACCCACCCAAACCAAAGCCGCAUCCAAAUCCCAACCAGCCUGGAUCUUCUGGUGGGUUUUCAGAUUCCGAUCUCAUCGACGGGGCUGCAGAUGGAGGAGGCGGUGGUGGCGGCGGUGGAGGAAGCCAAAAGCCUGAUGGAGGGGAGCAGGCUGACUCCCCUGGGGUAGUCCCUGGCAUCAUCGGGGCCGUCGUGGUGGCCGUGGCCGGAGCGAUCUCCAGCUUUAUCGCCUACCAGAAGAAAAAGUUGUGCUUCAAAGAAAACGCCGACCAGGGUGAGCCCAGCCCCAAGAACCAGGAAAGCACGAGCGCGGACCAAACAGUUCAGUGGAGUCUUCUGGAAAAAUAGAAGCUUGGCUGCAAAGGCAACUCCAUGAUGUUCCCGGCAGGAAGACAAGACUCACCUUCCGUGUCUCCCCGAAAAACACGUGCACCAGGGCAGCGACCUCCAAGCCGGGAUCCAGCCCCAUCCUGCCCACGCCUCUGCUCAAGAUGAGACUCUUUGUUUUGACCUUGAGUUGCGUUGUGCCCGUUUGCACCAUGCUGGGUAGACGAGGGAUACUAACGCCGCGUCUUGCACCCAGAGGGGAAUUGCGCUCACCCUGCCCGUGGCCGUGAGGGGUUUCCCCAUGGGGUGUGAAAGGCCGAUUGUCCAUCACAAAGUCAUGCCCACACCGACCCCAUUAAAGUUCCCCCACCCAGAACUCUGGGCCGUCGACCAAUUAACGUGUGAAUUAAACCAAACCAUCCUUGGCGAGGACCCUCGGAUACAGUGAGAUAAGCCUUCCAUUAGUGUCCUCAAAAUUUCCUUCAUUGGGUAGGAUUUUUUUUUUCACACCAGACUAAUAAAAAAGAAAUAAGAAACCAAGUACUUUUUACUUAAAUGUUUUAUCAUGGGGUGAUGUUUAAGAAAGGCUGUGGAAAGUAGUGGAAUGGACCCCGUGGUCCCUUUUCUGGGGUUCUGAGACAAUCAACCCAAGUGUAUCCCUGCAUUUUCGGGAUUUUUCUUUCUCUGCCUACUUCCCUCCACUGGCUUUGGUACGUCGGGGACAAGGACUUCUCGGCAUUCAGAUACUCCCCUGUGUUGCAUACUUCUCUGUAUUCAGAUUCUCCCCUGCAUCCAGAUACUCCCUUGCAUUCAGAUACUCCCUUACAUUCAGAUACUCCCCUGCAUCAGAUACUUCUGUACAUUCAAAUAAUCCCCUGUAUUACAUAUUUCUCUAUAUUCAGAUACUCCCCUGCAUUAGACACUUCUCUAUAUUGAGAUACUCCCUUGCAUUUAGAUACUCCCUUGCAUUCACAUACUCCCCUGCAUCAGAUGCUUCUGGACAUUCAGGUACUCCCCUGUAUUACAUACUUGUCUAUAUUCAGAUACUCCCCUGCAUUAGACACUUCUCUAUAUUGAGAUACUCCCUUGCAUUCAGAUACUUCCCUGCAUCAGAUACUCCUCUGCAGUUCAGCUGCUCCCCUGAAUCGGAUACUCCUUUGCAUUUCAGAUACUCCCCAGCAUCAAAUACUCCUCUGCAGUUCACCUACUCCCCUGAAUCAGAUACUCCUUUUCAUUUAAGAUACUCCCCUCCAUCAGAUAUCGCCCUGCAUUCAGACACUACCCUCUUCCUCCAUGUCGGUUUUUUGUGGAAAUUUGUUGACUGUAAUGUCUUUACAAAGUGUCUUAACUGCUUUGGUGUGAGAGCUUGCUUUAACUUUGGGGCAAAACUGCUUUAUGGCAGAGGAGCUCCUGCUGCAUUUCCUAACAACUUGAACUGAAAGCAUACUCUUCCUUCUUGACAAAAAUGGCUUUGUUUAAUUAUUUCUCAGCUUUUGUAUGAAGACGUCAUAGUGUCACAUUUUUGAAAUCAGGAUUAGAAAAUUUAUGUAGAGGGACGCCCGGGUGGCUCAGUCGGUGAAGCAUCUGCCUUUGGCUCAGGUCGUGAUCCCGGGGUCCUGGGAUCGAGUCCUGCGUCAGGCUCCCCGCUCAGCGGGGAGAUUCUGCUUCUCCCCCUGCUUGUGCUCCCUCUCUCUCUGUGACAAAUAAAUAAAUAAAAUCUUUUUUAAAAAUCCUUAAAAAAAGAAGAAAGAAAAUUUAUGUAGGCUGGCCGGAGACAGAAACACAGUUGGAGGGUUUAAACCUGGGUCAUAAUGUAUUUAUCGUCUGAGGUCAGCUUUGUUAGGAUGUGUGUGUGUGUGUUUGCAAUUGUUGAUGGGCACUCCCUAACUGUCCUCCACGAAGGUUGUGCAAAUUCAUGGUGUUCCCUGUGAUGUUUCAGCUGUCCUCAAAUAGCUCUGCAGACAUUAUGGGCUUUGCCAACCCGUUGAAAACAUGGUAUCAAAUCAAUGGUUUACAUUGCGUUUGUCUUGACACAGGUGGGAUGGGGAAUGUGCAUGUGGAAAAUCCAUGUGUGCUUCAUUUGUGGGGGAGCCAUUUGAACGCACCCUUUGCCCGUUUUUACAUGCAUCAUUGUUCCUGUUGUUAGUGAUCUGUGGGAACUCUUUACAUAUUAAAGACAGUGCUGGUUUCUUUUUUUUUUAACUUUUUUUUAAAGAUUUUAUUUAUUUAUUUGACAGAGAGAUAGUCAGUGAGAGAGGGAACACAAGCAGGGGGAGUGGGAGAGGAAGAAGCAGGCUCCCAGCGGAGGAGCCUGAUGUGGGGCUCGAUCCCACAACACCGGGAUCAUGCCCUGAGCCGAAGGCAGACGCUUAACAACUGCGCUACCCAGGCGCCCCAAGACAGUGCUGGUUUCUGACCCUGAAGUAGGUAGCCAAAAACUUUUUUCACUUUAUUUUUAGCCUUUUAACUGAAGUGAUGUUUUCUCCAUUCAUUGUUAUCAUUUUUAUGUAAUGAAAUUACUUAAUGGUUUCUGGGCAGGCUGUUAGACUUAGAAAAACAUCAACCUUACUAACAUUUUUUUUUUCUUUUAAACAUCAGGGGGCAAAUAGGUGGUUUAGUUGGUGGAGCACGAGACUCUUGAUCUCAGAGUUGUGAGUUCAAGUCCCAUGUUGGGUGUGGAGAUUUACUUAAAAAUAAAAUCUGUAAAAAAAAAAAACAAACAAAAAAACCCCUGCAAAACCUCAAACUCUGUUCCAACAUGUUAAUGUGGUUUUUUUUUUUACAUUAAAAUACUUGAUCCCCUGAAA